ACCUAGCUAUCCAAUGCGUGUUAUAAUACUUUUAGGAUUGUUUAUUGCAUUUACCGCUAUUGUUGCGUUCAACUUUGUAUCAUUAUUUUAUGAUGUUACAAUAUUUAACGGAAAAUUAAAAAAAAGACUUGGCGCUGAAACCCAUACAGAAGCUAGGCAAAUGUCAUUCAUGUCAUCUUUAUUGGAACAAGCAGACAUCAUUACGAAGCAAAAUUGCACAUGGCCGCCACAUAAUUUGAUUGGACGUGAACCUCUCAACCGGACACUUUUUGACCUGAAAACGCUAAGUACAGUGUUUGGAUAUAUGAAGAAGGGCCACUUUAAACCCCAAAACUGUUCAUCGUAUCAAAAAAUUGCAGUUGUUGUUCCAUUUCGUGACAGAGAACCACAACUACGGAUUUUCCUCAAUAACUUUAUACCACGUAUUUAUCGACAGCAAUUGGAAUUUACUAUAUACGUUGUUGAGCAGACUCCUGGUAAUCCGUUCAACAAAGGUAUGCUUAUAAAUACUGGCUUUAUCGAAGCAAUGAAAGACAUGAACUAUGACUGUAUAGUAAUACAUGACGUUGAUAUUCUUGCUGAAGAUGACCGAAUUCUUUACACGUGUGGUGAUAAUCCAGCCCAACUCAGUACUAAGAUUCAGAAAUACGGAUAUAGGAUGCCAUAUGAGACAAAUUUUGGAGGUAUUGUCAUCUUUUCAACAGAACAGUUCAAAACAAUAAAUGGUUAUCCAAACCAAUUCUUUGGAUGGGGAAGUGAGGACGACGAGGUAUCUAGCAGAAUUCGACGAGUUCACUAUAAAUUGUCUAGACCAUUUCACCAAUAUGGCCACUGCGGGAGUGUGCAACAUCAAAAAGCAGCCAUUGCAACUGACAGGAUGAAAAUCAGAAGAAUUUCAGAAUCAAUUUGGAAAAAAGAUGGCCUGUUUGAUCUUUUCGAUCAUGCAUACACAAUUUUAGAAAAACAAACAAAGCAAUUAUACUUAUGGAUUUACAGAGAUAUUGAUAUGAAGAAAGUGCGUCAGAAAAUGGUUUCGUACAUACCUAUAGGCGGAAAAGUACACAAAUGAGAACAGUUUAAAAGAUACAAUCAUAUUUAUAACACUUUCAGACAAUUUAAUGUAGUGUAUCAUAAAAAGUA